AUGCCUUCCUUCCUUAGCAUCGUCGGCCUUGCAGCCGCUGCCGCCUCUUCUGUCUCGGCCGGUGUUCUCCCUCGUGCCAACACCGCCUCCGUUACUCCCCACGAGCAAUACUCGUCUUCCGUCGGCGUCCUCGGCUGCCUCAUCAACACCAACCGUGUUGCCUACUGGCCCAGCUCUGUCGACUGCAACAACAUCUGCGUCGAGCUCACCUACCAGGGUCGCAGCCUCACUGUCCUUAAGAUCGAUCAAUCUGGCGGAGCCUACGACAUCUCCUACGAUGCCUGGAACCAGCUCAUCUUCGGCCAGCCUGCCACCGUACAGCCUCAACAGGGCGGUGGUGUCAGCGUUCAGUGGCAGUACGUCGACAACAGCCGCUGCAGCGAUCUCCUGCACAACGGAAAGCUUCCUCUUUCUGCUGCCAACAGCAUGAACUACGUUGCCAGCUGCCUCAACCAGCCCAACUCGUGGGUUGCCAAGAACUACGAGCUCAUCAACCUUCUCGACCCCGUGUGCCACUGGGGCUGGAAUGAAGUCUGCAACCUCAACCUCAAAGUGAGCAACCAGGCCAGCUGCCCUCACCAGCUCGGUGACCCUCACCCCAGCGGAUUGACUGUCAACAACAUCCAGUAUGGCACUGGUAAGAUCGUCGCCGCUCUCUAA